UUCCCACCCCCCCACUCUCUCAGGGAGUUGGUUUUCACUUCCUGCGCUCGCCGAGCCUUUGUCUCCUCUGGCCGCAGCUGAGCGCUGGAGGCGCGGCGGGGACACCCCGCUCGCAGCAGCAGCUUCAGCCGAGAGCGCCCAGGAAAGGAUUGAAGUGUCGAGACAGUGAGAAGCGGGGCGCCAAGAUGGCCAGAAGGAGUCCGGGUCCGUGGUUUGUGCCCUGGCUCUGCUUGGUGCUGGUGCUGGACUUGGGCGAAGGGCAGAAGGAAAAAGCCUUCGGUGAAAUGUGCCUGGAGGAGUUUACGGCUGGGCUGCCGGAUUGGGUGCUGGACACAGACGCCUCCGUCCAGAACGGAGCCACCUUCUUGUCGUCCCCCAUGGUGCAUCGGAGCAGGGACUGCAUGAGAGCCUGCUGUAAGGACCCCACCUGUAACCUGGCUCUCGUGGAGCAGGGCCCGGGCUCGGAGGAAGACCACAUCCAGGGCUGCUUUCUCCUCAAUUGCCUCUACGAGAAGGCUUUCGUCUGCAGGUUUGCCAGGAAGAUUGGCUUUCUCAACUUCUUGAAGAGGGACGUGUACGAUUCCUACCUGGCAAUGCAGAAUCACAGACCUAGUGAUGACCACCCUCCAAUAGCCCGUGCUGUCAAGGACAUGAGGGUACAGCCGGGAGAGCCAGUGAUGCUGAGAGGCACAGAGAGCACGGAUGACCAUGGGAUAGUCAGCUAUGAAUGGAAACAGAUCCUGGGCAACCCCUCUGCAGAGAUGAAGAAGCAUGAAGAUGAUGUAGAAAUCUCCAACCUCCAGGUGGGGACUUACGUCUUCCAGCUCACUGUCACGGACACUGCACAACAGCAAGACUUCACCAACAUCACCAUCGUGGUGUUGAGCUCUGAGCAGACAGAAGAGCAUUGUUUGACUCCAAAAAAGGUGGGUUGGUGUCGGGGAUCUUUUCCACGCUGGUUUUACAACCCGAGCCUUCAGCAGUGUGAAGAGUUCAUUUUUGGUGGCUGCAAGCCCAACAAGAAUAACUAUUUACGGGAAGAGGAGUGUGAACUCGCCUGCAAGAAUGUCAGAGGUUCUGUUGGUGGGCGACAACAGCCAGUAUGCAAUGGGAACUGUCAGGCCCCCUUCUUCAGAUGCAAGGAUGGUUGCUGCAUUGAUGCCUAUCUAGAGUGUGAUGAAACUCCUGACUGUGCUGAUGAAUCAGAUGAGAUGUACUGUGAACAAUAUGCCCGUGAGUUCAAUAGACUGCAGAAAAUCAAUGUCACACAUAAGCAAGGCCACUGUGUGGACUUGCCUGAUACUGGACAGUGCUCCGAGAGCAUCCCCCGCUGGUACUAUAACCCAUUCUUGGGGAAAUGCGACCCCUUCACCUACGGGGGCUGUGGUGGCAACAACAACAACUUUGAACAAGAGGAAGAGUGCAUGAAAUCAUGUUCAGGCAUCACAAAAGCAGAUGUCAUUGGCCGAAGAUGGGAAUCAUUUGAGUCCCAAACUGCUAUGUUAAGUGCCUUUGAGGUAGUCAUUGCUGUGCUCCUCGGCAUCUGCAUCAUGGUGGUCCUGGUGUUCAUUGGCUACUUCUUCCUGAAGAAAAGGAAUAAAAACAGCCGCCGCCGUCAGCCUCCCACCGCUACCAACUCAAGCCUCUCCACUACAGAGGACACUGAGCAUCUGUUCUACAGCAGUGCCACCAAACCAGUCUGACCUACAGCCUCUCCCUCCAGCUCAGCACUGGGGCACUCCCCAAAACUUCUGGAGUUCUGUUUUUAGACACAGGUCUGUGCCUGAAGGACUCAUUCUCAGUGAAGACAUUUGGAGCAUCAGGCUGAGAUUUAACUGUGAUUUGGCAGUACUAGUAUUUGUGAUUGUCUAGGCUAAAUGGCUGCUCUGGAAAGUGAGGAACUGGGAGCAUUCUGUUGCUCUCUGAUAUCCAUCCGUUCCUAACCUCAAACAAUCCAGUGAAACUCUGACUUACAUCUUUCUUCCUGCUCAAACCUGGAGCACAACUUUGCUCAACUUCCUGAAGGAACCUGGAACUGGAUCUGGGUAGCAUACAUGUUGGUGAAUGAUGCAAGCUCACCAGAACCAGCAAUUUGUUUUCAGUGUCACUUUCUGCCACUUAACCUUGUAUUUUCCUACCCUUCUCACAGUCCUCUGCAAGGUACCCUGCCUUGCAGCAGUCUACCUGGUCAUGAUGCAUCUCUUGAGGUCUGUGGAAUUCACAUAUUCAUUCAGACCUCAUCCAAGGGCUCUGUGACACUCUCAGGCAGUUCCUGUUUUCAACAUGGACAGAAACAGAAAUACCUGCUUAAGUCACUAGGCUUUGUUUUUUAACAGAAAAGCACACCUAGACCUUUUGGUGGCUGGCUGCUGUGUUUCAGUCUCCUGUGUACAGUACACCAUUGUGUUCACCAUUUUUCUCUGUGAAUUGCCCUCGUUGCUUUCCCAGUGUUCAGACUGAGCCCAAACAUAUUGAGAAAAUAUAUUCUCGCAUGAAGUAAACGUCCAUACUUUUCCUGCUGAUUGUGCAGGAAAGCUGCAGCUUUGAUUUUACUGCACGUUCCUCGGAGCACACAGCGUGCCCUGAGUCUCUGGCAUCUCCCAGAGCACAGGAGUGGGCUGGAUACCACCAGCUAGUGUCCACAGUUCCUUGCUUCUGCUGGCUCAUCCCUCCUGAUACAAGAUGUGUAGAAGCAGGGCCUGGCAGCUUGGAAGAUAUCGAGAUGUAACGGAAAGAUAGUAACCCCCCCUCCUCUUUAGUAUGGUAAUGCCUCCUGCAAUUAGCCAAUAGCACCUAGCUGUGAUGAAAGCAGAUGGGAGUAACACAGUGAACCUAGGUUAUAAAAUAUCAAAUUCUCCAGCAAUAAAUGCCAUUUUGCCAUCCAUCACAUUGAUGCCUGUGUUUGCAAAUGGGCUGAGUGGCCUGGGCAUGGCCACCGUGCUGUUCCUGAACCAGGGUGUCUGCCUUGCUUAAAAGGCAACAAAGAUGAGCCCAGCCUAGCUCCAGGAAGUCCAAAGCUCAUCUCUGGCCCCAAGGCAGCGCAUGAUAUCCCCACUUUGGCAAUGUCUUGGUCCCAGUCCUGGUCCUGUAUGUUCCCCUGUAGUCCCCUUGCAGUGAGAUGCUUCCAGGCUCUGUCCUGCAGCAUCUGCUGGUCCAUGCUUGUACCUCAGUGAGCUGAAGAUUUCUGUUGAGGCAGAAGCUAUUUGUGAAGGGCCUGAUGUGCUGACAUGUGUGGGGCUGGCACCAAUCCCUAAACUUCCAGUGCCUGCUGUGCUUGGAAAACUGCUGUGAAGAGAGGAAACUAAUGUGUGUGUGUGUGUGUGUGUGUGUGUGUGUGUGUGUUUGUGUAAGAAGCAUAAAUCUAUGUACAGACUUCAGUUUAAAUGCUUGGACUCUUUCAGGGCCAAGGGCAGAGUGGUUCUGGAAUGCUCUGAUGAAGCCAUUCCCAGAUCAGGACACUGCUCAGGUCCUUUCAAGGGCAGUGGCAAGAGAACUGCCUCCUUGGGCUGAUGCCUGGGCUGAAAGGAAAGAAACUGCUGCCCAGAGUCUGCAUGUCUCUCCCCAUCACAGGCAUCUGCCUCAGCGUACUUGGGUCAGAUUCCUCCUUUUUGUGAUAUGUCUCAUAUAGUUUCUUCCAUCUCUUUGUUUUUUCCCACAGCCUAUCAUGGCCUAUGCAAUAAACCUAAUGUCUUGAUUUAUUUUUUUGUGUGCUCACUCUGAUAAUAAAAAGAUGUUU